AUGAGUGCUCAGCCAGAGCAAUAUUAUAGUAACAAUAUCAAGAGCUCAAUAGGUAACAAUUUGCAUUCUUCAGGUCCCCCAAUGUCUCCUUAUGCACCGCUAGUUGGCAGUGGCAUAAAUAGUAGCGUCAAUAAUGACACAAAAUCUCAUCAAGCUACAAGAUCCAGCACUUCAUCGAUCCAUGCGAUUCAGGCAUUUGAAUUUGGGGAAUUGAGUAAGCAUCUACCACCUAAUACUGGACCACCAGGUACCGUUCCCGUGACCAAUGGAAGCAGCUCCACCAAUAACAAAAAUCUAAGCCAUGUGCCAUGUAAAUUCUUUAGACAGGGCACCUGCCAAGCUGGUGAUUCGUGUCCUUUUAGUCACAAUAUCGAAGGCUCAUUAUCCGCUGAAAAGAUACCAUGCAAAUACUUUUUAAGAGGCAAUUGUAAAUUUGGUAUGAAGUGUGCAUUGGCUCAUUAUUUACCUGAUGGUACAAUUGUUAAUGCAAAAAACCUUGCACAAAAGGGUAGCUCCAACGGCAAUGGUGGAAGCAAUGUGACUCUUGGACAGAACCAUUACCAUAAUCAUAAUCAAAAUCAAAACCAAAAUCAAAACCAAAACCAAAACCAGAACACAAACCAGAAUACAAACCAUAAUACAAACUCAAACAGUUACAACUACACAAUCACCAAUGGGCAGAAUCAUGAUUAUCGUAGGUAUUCUUCAGGUAAUGAUCAAUAUUAUCAGGCGGAUAGCAUUAGCUCAUCACCAAGCUAUUUAAACGAGCAUUUUCAUUAUUCAAAUGAGAAUGGAUUCCAUUCUCAGAGUCUCAUGGGUACAGGUAGCAGCAUAGGAAUUGUAUCUUCAACACCUCUGCAGGAAAGUCAAAACCCUAAUAAGAACUUUCCGGCCCUGGUAUUUUCAAAUCACCAGCUGAAACUAACCAGUCAACUGCAAGCGCCACAGUCACUUGACUCGAUUCAAGGAAGACAAGGAUUGCUAAGAUCCAACUCCAUGGUUAAAAAUGGUCAUUCUCGAUCAUCUUCGAUGCAAUUUGAACCUCACUCGCAUUUCCUAUCUUCUUCACUUGAGCACAAUAAACAAUGGCAAUAUCAUACGCCGGCACCUUUGCAAUCUUCUCCUUUCCAAAUGCCAAUCAAACUGGCACUGUAUCAGCGGUAUCCGACUACUUCAGCUACUCAUGGUUUUUUUGACAAUGACAACUCAACACACGCUGUGAAAUCACAAUUUGUUAAACUUCCAGAAACAUGCGAAGCCAAUGAGAGUGUGUUUGGUCCUGAAGAUAUUGGUCAUACUGCGGAGUUAGAUGGAGAGGAGCAACAACAACAACAACAACAACAACAACAACAACAACAACAACAAGAACAAGUCAAUUGGGGUAUACCAUACCAAACCCCAGUUUCAGUAAAAAACGUACACAAUCUUGAAUCACAGCCAGCUUGGGUGCAUGCCUCUGCUGACAGUAGAAUAUCUUUUGAUAUCGGCCAAGCCACACCAUAUGAUAUGACCACGAUCUUGAAUACCGGAGAUUCAAGUCUACUUGAUGGCACCCAUGAUGUUGCACGACCUGUCCUUGGCCAAAACCAUGAUUUUCAAAAUAUAGAAGAAGACGAAGCAGUUAGCAGCUACGAGAAUAAGAGUGAUAGUGAUUGUAGUGUUUUUGACGAAGACUUUUUACCCAGCUCAUUGGCUGAUGAAAUUUUGACUCCGCAACAACUGAAAAGACGUUCAUCAAGAUCUCAAAGCGGAACUUUGAGCUUGAGACCGAAUAUCAAAGAGGAAGCGAUACACCGUUUAACAAUCAAGGAUCAUACAACAAUAUCAGGAAAAGAAGAUGGCAAAUACCUUGUCCAGCAAGAAGAUCUCUUCUUUAUGGAUUAA